GUCACGUCCCCAGACACAAAGGACUGUUGAAUACUGAAAGCCAACGAGAAGGCAGAAGCCGCGGCCGGCGAGCCCGCGGCCAGGCCGGCGUCCGCGGGGCCAUCUCCGGCGAGCGGCGCUGUGCGUCACGGGGGGGCCCGCCCCCUGCACGGCCCGGGCUCGGCGUGUGCGGCCGUCCUGGCCGCCGUCGUGGAAGCAGGAUUUCCGCGGUUGUGUAACGGCACCGCGCGGGGGUGGAGAGGCCUGGGCGCCGCGUCCCUCCCCGGCCCGGCCCCCGGUCUCCGGCAGCCCGGCCAUGGCCUGGACGGCGGCGGGGAGCGCCGAGGCCCGCGGCGCGCUCUCAGCGCACACGCUCCUGUUCGACCUGCCGCCCGUGCUGCUGGGCGAGUUCUGCGCGGUCCUGGACAGCUGCGACGGCGCGCUCGGCUGGCGCGGCCUCGCAGAGCGACUUUCAAGCAGCUGGCUGGAUGUUCGUCACAUUGAAAAAUAUGUAGACCAAGGUAAAAGUGGAACAAGAGAAUUACUUUGGUCCUGGGCACAGAAAAACAAGACCAUCGGUGACCUUUUACAGAUUCUCCAGGAGAUGGGCCAUCACCGGGCUAUCCACUUAAUUGCAAAUUACGGAGCAGUCUUGAAGCCUUCAGAGCAGAGUCAUCAGAGAGAAGCAUUUCCAAACGUGUUAUCCAAGGAAACAGCCAGUGUCACAGUGGAUAAUGUUCAUAUUCCUGAACGUAAAGAAAAAGGAGUAUUGCCUAAAUCCUCCAUCAGCCUUCAAAACAUCAUAGAAGGAACCAAAAAUUUCCACAAAGACUUUUUAAUUGGAGAAGGGGAGAUUUUUGAGGUAUACAGAGUGGAAAUCCAAAACCAAACAUAUGCCAUUAAAUUAUUUAAACAGGAGAAAAAAAUGCAAUGUAAGAAACAAUGGAAGAGGUUUUUGUCUGAGCUUGAAGUUUUACUUCUGUUUCAUCAUCCAAACAUACUGGAGUUGAUGGCAUAUUUUACAGAGGGUGAGAAGUUUUGCCUGGUUUAUCCGUAUAUGAGAAAUGGAUCACUCUUUGACAGAUUGCAGUGUGUAGGUAACACAGCCCCACUCUCUUGGCACGUUCGAAUCAGUGUAUUAAUUGGAACAUCCAGAGCCGUGCAGUACUUGCACAGCGCCGAGCCGUGCUCCGUCAUCUGUGGCAGUAUAUCGAGUGCAAACAUACUUCUGGAUGAUCAGUUUCAACCCAAACUAACUGAUUUUGCCAUGGCACACUUCCGACCCCACCUGGAACAUCAGAGCUCUACCAUAAGCAUGACCAGCAGUAGCAGUAAACAUCUGUGGUACAUGCCAGAAGAGUACAUCAGGCAGGGCAAACUUUCCAUUAAAACCGACGUCUACAGCUUUGGAAUUGUAAUAAUGGAAGUUCUGACGGGUUGUAAAGUGGUGUUAGAUGACCCAAAGCACGUCCAGCUGAGGGAUCUCCUUAUAGAAUUGAUGGAGAAGAGAGGCCUCGAUUCCUGUAUCUCAUUUCUGGAUAAGAGAGUGCAUCCCUGUCCUCAGAAUUUUUCCACCAAGCUGUUCUCCUUGGCAGGCCAGUGUGCUGCGACACGGGCAAAGCUAAGACCGUCGAUGGAUGAAGUCCUAACUAUUCUUGAAAGUACUCAAGCCAGCUUGUAUUUUGCGGAAGAUCCUCCCACGUCCCUGAAGUCCUUCAGGAGCCCUUCUCCUCUGUUCUUUGACAAUGUACCGAGUAUUCCAGUGGAAGAUGAUGAAAGCCAGAAUAAUCAACUGCUGCCUCAUGGUAAAGAUUCAAGGGAAGAUGAAGAGACUCAGAAAACUCCCUUUGAAUGCAGCCAGUCUGAGGUUACAUUUCUGGGCUUUGACAGGAAGACAGGGAGUAGGAGAAAUGAGGACGUUUGCCACAUGCCCAGUUCUCCUUGUGCAGAAAGCUGGUCUCCAAAGCAUGCAGCUCCAGGCCAGGACUCGGGGGCUCCUGGGGUGAUUCUGGACCCUUCUGCAGAAGCUCCAGGCCAGCCCCACCAGAGCAGGCCAGUGGAGACAAGCUGUUCUUGCAGACUUUCCUGGAAUGAGUGUGAACAGUACAAAAAAGAAUCAGUUUCACCAAGAGAUAAAGAAGAAAGCGAGGAUCGCUGAGGCGCCUAAGUACAGGUCUCAUCUUGGGAAGACGCUGUCUUCAUAAGUCAUGCCAAGAGGGUGACUGAUGGUGAGUUUGGGUAAUGCAGAUUAACAGUCUCAACAAUUCCAUUCCAUCCCUUCCUUUCCAACUCACAGAAAAGAGUGGCUUAAAACUUUGUUUUAGCGGGAUCACUGCCUCACGAUCACACGUGGGGUAAAUUAGAACCAUCCAAAAUUACAUAAGAUCAUGGACGCUGACUUCAGACAAUCAACACAAUGAAAAUCUACCAGAAAGGAACUGUUUUCCAACAUCUUCUCCAUCAACAUCCAUGUAAGUCCUGGAGCCUCCAGUCUGCUAAGUACGUUCAGUUCCGUUGGGUUCCAUUGCUUUGGUUUAGCUUGCUUGCAGAGGUUGUGGGAAAUGUCUUAUCUGUAAAUGUUAAUAGAUGCCUUUUUAAAGAGUUGCCAUUUUGCUUAUUUCGAUUGACUUUGAGGAUAUUUCUGUUCAUGCCUAUUAAGUCAGCCUGCCUGAACAUGAGCUGGGGUCACCCUUGGCCAAGACAUGCCCAAGAUCUGUAUUUUUGUAUUUAAACUCUUAGGAUAGUUUAUCUCAUAUAAUGUAGUUGUUGACUAUUAUUACAAUUUUUUUUACAUACUUAGAUGCUAUUAUAUCCUGAGUAGAAUGUAUGAAAUACAUUGGUUUUAAAACCAAGUAAUUUUUGUUCCUAAUGGCUGGUCAUAAAGGCCUAGGUCAGCUUUUUGUUUAAUUCUGUACCGUCUAAUUUUGUGCCUUUAUUCCUGCUGUGUACUAGAUCUCCCCCUUUUGCACCCGUACUAAAUCUUGCGGGGCCCACCACAACUACCAUCCUCCAGGAAGCUCUCCUAAUCUCUCCAGCCAACAUUACUCACUUUAAUCAGCAUUUCCAUAGCAAUUUCUUUGUCUUUCUGUUUUAUACUUGUCACUUUCUGAAUUAUAUCAAAGUUGCCUAUGUUAUCUGUCUUACUAGAUUGUCAGCUCCCUGUAUUAGUUUCCUAUUGUUGCUGUAACAAAUUAGCACACAUUUAGUGAGUUAAAACAAUAAAUUAACUCAUGUUACCGUCCUGGAGGUCAGAAGUCCUCGGCAUUCCUUCUGGAGGCUCUAGGGGAGAAUUUGUUCCCUUGCCUUUUCUAGUUUCUAGAGGCUGUCUGCAUUCUUUGGUUCAUGGCUUCUUCCUUUACCCUUAAAGCCAACAACAUAACAUCUUUAAAUCUAGAUCUCUCUCUUUCUCUCUCUCUGAACUCUUCUUCAUCACUUCUUUCUCUUCCUUUGGCUUCCAAAGAAUCGUUGUAAUUGCUUUGGUCCCACUCAGAUAAUCCAGGAAAAUCUCUGCAUCUUAAGAUCCUUAAUUUAAUCACAUCUGCAGUAUCCCUUUUCUCCUAUAAAGUCAUAUAUUCACUAGUUUCUGGGAUCAGGACAUGGACAUCUAUGGGGAGCCAUUACUCUGUCUCAUUCUUUGAGUGUGUAGGGUCCAUCUCUUCAGGGCCUAGCAUGUUAUCAUAUAUAGAGCAGGUGUUUCCUUAUAAGUUAAAUUGAGUUACAUUAUCUCUAUGAACCCACAUAAUCAAAAAUUCAGCUAUAGUAAACAUUCCUGAGUAAAUUAACAAAGUAGGGACAAUGACUGUCUUUAUGUUGAUGGACAGAAGUACUCCACAAAAACCAUUCCCAGAGGAUUUACAGUGUCUCCCUCUCCAGGGUGUUUAUAAUAAAAGGGCAGACCUCUAGUUUUCUGUGCAUCAAAGGAAUAGGCCUAUACCUUUUUUUUUUUUUUUUUCUGGUGAGUCAGUAUGGUUGGGUUAAUCACAAUCAGAUUGGGGUCCAGAUUCAAAAACAAUUAAUCUAAGAAGGAAGUCAUCAGAAAUCCGGGUCAGGUUACAGACCAAAGUCAGAAACAUGGAGCUACGAUUCUGGGAAAAAGGAUCUUAUGGCAGGAAGUAAGGUUCAAAACACAAUAAAUAAUCUGAUUGACAGGCCAAAUAAAAACUCCAGGCAAGCAGUUGGGAGAGGCCCAGCCUGAGGGCUGGUCUGGGGGGGGCCUGGCUGCCCAUUGCUGUCUUUCCCAUCUGAUCAUGAAGUGUGUGUUCACAAUGUUCCAAAACUACUGAUGUGCGAAGACUAUCGGGAGAAAGGGUUGCACUGAACUUCAAGUGAUUUUACUCCUUGUGACCUGUCCUAGUUUGGCAACUCUUGAUUAUGCAUGUUAAUCAAAGGAAGCAGUAAAAGUCUUCAACAUUUGGCUUUAUAUAUCGCCAACCAUUCUGAGACCGAUUUAGCUUAUGGAAUCUGAAAGUAUUUCAUCUGAAUGGGGCAAAUUAGCCUGAAAUCGUGUGAAGUUCCACUAAUAUUGCAAACGAGGAAAUCAAGGUAAUCAAGAAUUGACUCUGUUCAACUGUUCUUCACUUUGAAUCUGGGUCGCCCAGUACCUCCAAUGCAAGAUCAUUAAGACAGCUUUGAUUGACGCCAGGCCCACACCAUUAUUCAGCACACGUGUAAUCUGUUGGUAUGAUGUUGAUUUGAACUUGCGUAGUUGACUUAAAGCAGUGUUUCUCAAACUCAACGUGCAUCAAAAUGAUGUAGAAGGCUUGUUAAAAACACAGAUCGCUAGCCCCCACCCUAUUACUUAGGAUUUUGCUUAGCAUUGAGUAGAAGCCCUAGAAAUAUUAUUCAGUGGUCUUUUUGACUAGAUCACCUUGGUAGGGUGUGACUCUUCUGGACAUCUUUAAGACGGAAGUCAGAUUAGCUGGCAAUAACCUGGUUAAUGAGGUGGUAAGCAGAUACCACUGUGGCUGGAAAUUACCAGAAUUUUCUAUUGAGUGAUCCAGUCCUCCUGACUACAUCUAACUUCCAGUGCAUUCAUUACUAAAUGUCAUUUCAGAAGAGUUAAAUCUUGUAUACUGUCAUGGGCAAUAAGAGGAUACCUCUGUGGCUUCAAGGUGUGAAGACAAAGGCACAUGAAGAGACCAAGAAUGAGCCCCCAGGUCCUUCCUCAGAUUAGCAAACAUGGAUCAGUCAGCAACUUCACACAUCUUCACCCUUAUAACAGCGCGCCAUGGGCAUUCCCCCAGGCAGACCUUAUUUACUUGACAGGUUUUUUUCCCCAUUUUACAGUUCCCCAAAACAUGGAGAAGGCGUUUUGUUGACUUGCAAAUUAGGUAUGGAAUCAAGGAGAAUGAGGGUUGGAGAAGUCGACUCUUAUCCUGAGUCACACUGCUGAUGCAGCAGGGCUCCUCACUGAAAACUCUUUACUUAAGCCCAGGAAAUGUCUGUUCUGAAAAGGAGUAACUUAAAAAAUUAAAAGUAUCCCCUAGUUGAAAAUGAAAACAGCUAAUAAAUACAUGUGUGUGUUUAUUAUUUUUAAAAUAUUAUUAACUUUGGCCUCCCAGAUGGGCAAAGAUUAAAGCCAUUGGCAGGAAUAUAAGCAAAUGGGCAUUCUUAUUUACUGCUGCAAAUUCUUAUGUACUGUUGGAGGAGUGGAAAUUGGUACAGCCUUUCUAGAAGGCGAUAUAUACCAAAACUUUAAAUGGUGAUACACUUUUACCCAGCAAUUUGUUUAGGAAUUUAUCCUAAUGAAUAAAAAUUUCACAAGUGUGUAAACAUGAGGGCCAAGAUGUACUUUUUAAUGUUUAUGAUAUUAAAAUAUUAGAAACAGCUUAAAUAUCCUCCAAAGAGGAUGGGUUAAAUAAAUUAUAGCCCAAAUAUACAAUUGAGUCGUAUGCAACUGUCUAAUUAAAAAUUGUUUAGAUCUGUGUUUAUUGCUAUAGAAAAUUUGUCCCUGGAAUAUUAUUGAAUGAAAAAGCAGACUACAGAAUAGCAUGUUUAAUAUGGGCCCAUUCGUAAGAUUAGGUAUUUUUAAAUAAUAUGUGUUUCAUAGAGAGAUCUUUGCUAAAAAGUUAAUGAUGGUUUCUGGGCUGUGAUGUUUGCGUGAUCGUUACUUUUUUUAGACUUUUAUGUAUUUGAAAAUUUUAUAAUGAGCAUGUAUCACUGUUAUUAUCAAAAAACAAAGCUAUUUUUAUUUUGGAAAAAAAAAUUCUCUACAUUUCUACAUUUGCCCAGCUCUUUGCUCAGCUGUGCCCAUGGUAACAACUGGCAGCUGGUAAUAAUGCUUUUAUUCCAAUGCCCUUUAUUAUUUCUAUCUCUAAGCUUAGUGACUGACGCCUUCACAUAGAUCUGUCUGCUGUAUCCCCUGAGUAACGUAUUUUGAGAGGGCUUAUGAAAAAGCAGUCCAAGAGGCAAAAACCAGACAAGCUGAAAUGCAAGAAUGGAGAUGAGAUCACAGUACACAACUGAGAAUAUUUGUAAUUAAGUAUUAGUUGAUUUUGGUAAAAUCCUUAAAAGUUACCCUUAAGAUCUGUACUUACAAACCAGUACUUCAAGAAGGAACUUAUACUUAAAGAUCUUUGGGGAGAUGAAUUUUUCACCCUAAAGUAUCCAUACCCCAGACUUGUCCCCCACUAUCCCUUUUUAGCCUACAUAAAAUUUUUUAACUUGCUGAAUUUAGUAGACUCCGGUUACAGUUAUCAAUUGAAAGUAAAACUUGCAACAGUGCAAAGAAAGUGUGACUGAAUACAGGGCUUUUCUCUAACAGGUAGAGAUGGAGGCUAUGUAACAAUGCUACUGGGAUCCACAAGAAUGCAUUAAUUAUAAAGGGAAAAAGCAAAGUAUACUCAGGGUAAAAUUCUAAUUCUAAUGAGUUCUAUUCGGAAGGACUGUUGCAGACAUAACUAAGUUACAGAGUUUGUAAAUACAAAAACACUAGGCAGAUCCAGCUAAAAGAUAAAUGAGUGCUGGCUUCUUAAAAGCAUAACACAGCCACAAAGUUGGUUCUUUUGAUGCCAAAUUAAUGUGUUGGUGCAAACAUUUUUAUGUUUCCUAGAAGAUAAAUGCCAGGUAAUACCAAAGUUACCAUCAUUGCAAAGAUUUCAGCAAAACAGAAAGAAGGAAUCCAGUCUAUAAAUACAGUGUAAAAUGGAAUCGUUCUGAACAGCAUGUUGGAGUGAGGUAUAAAUGACUUCUGGUAGUCUUCUUAAUCCUAUUAUUCACUAAAUGAUAAUUUCAUGUCAUUUGAAAGUGUCCAGGUGAAGUAUACUAUACUUGUGGGACCGUGAAACACUGGAUUUGUGAUUUUUUUCUUUUAUGUUUGUAACACAGGAUUUUAAAAAAGAGCUGCAAUGACUUCAGCCAAGGGCAAAUAUUCAUCAAUGACCUUUUAUUGUUUUUAUUUUAUAAACCUGGAGGAAAAUGUGUGCUUACCUUCCAGUCUGCUUACAAAGCCAAACAUGCGUGUUUAUAUUAACUCACUGCCGGCAGCUCUAAGGCUAAUGCUUGUGACAGGAGGCAGAGCAAUCUCUGACAUUUUCAUUAUGCAUUUGUCUAGCAGUUUGAAGAGGGAGAAAUAAUUCAUGUGAUUACUAGUACUCUGUCUUGGGCAUUCAAAUGUAUUUCCCUAAUAAAAAAAUUAUCACCAUAUUUUAGAA